CUUAGGUAGAAAAUACAAAUGUUAAUUGAUCGGGUUGCCAGUACCCAAUUCCAAAUUGGAGAGCGAGCGAAGAUGAUGAGAGCUGCAGUGCGUUACUCCCCCAAUGGUAAUCCCUUUGUCUCAUUAUUUGCUAUUUCUCGUUUCAAUGCUGUGAUUACUCAUUCUGCUUCGGCAAUUACACCCAGAGAUUAUUCUUCCUCCAUUUCGACAAAGGGGAAACCUUGGGUUCCUAAAGGGUUUGAGAACGUCAAAUGUUUAGAUGAUGCUCUGAGUUUGUUCCGUCAAAUGGUCGAAACAAAGCCUCUUCCCUCUCUCGUCGCCUUCUCGAGAUUGUUGAAGACUCUUGUAAAUAUGAAGCAUUACUCUGCUGUUAUUUCUCUUUUUGGAGAAAUGCAGAAAUUAGGUAUUCCAGCUGAUGUAUUCAUAUUAGGUACUGUGAUUAACAGUUGUUGCCUGAUGCAUCGUACUGAUCUUGGAUUUUCUAUAUUAGCCAUUCACUUGAAGAAAGGAAUUCCAUUUAAUGUUGUCAUCUUUAAUAUCUUACUAAGGGGACUCUUUGCUGAAAAUAAGUUAAAAGAUGGAGUUAAUUUGUUCAAAAAGUUAGUCAGAGAGAAUAUCUGUGAGCCUAACAGAUUCAUGUAUGAAACAAUCAUGAAUGGGCUUUGCAAAAGGGGACAUACUGAUGAGAUCACCUACAAUGCGAUAAUGGAUGGAUAUUGUUUGUGUGGUCAAAUGGAUAGAGCAAGGAAAUUUUUUGAUUUCAUGGUAGAUAAGAGCAUUGAGCCUAGUAUUAUUAGCUAUAGCAUUCUAAUAAAUGGAUAUUGUAGGAACAAAAAUGUGGACGAGGCCAUGCAAUUAUUUCUUGAAAUUUCUCAAAAGGGAUUGAAACCUGAUAUUUUUACUUGCAAUAUUGUCUUGCAUGGUCUUUUUGAACUUGGAAGAACUAGCUCUGCACAAAAAUUCUUUGUUGAGAUGCUAUCUGCUGGGCACAUACCGGAUUCGUACACUCAUUGCACUUUACUUAGUGGUUAUUUUAAGAAUGGUCUUGUUGAAGAAGCUAUGUCACACUUUCAUACGUUGGAAAGAAGGAGACAAGAUACAAAUAUUCAAAUUUACAACGUUGUCGUAGAUGGUCUGUGCAAAAAUGGUAAGCUCGACAAAGCUCUGGCUAUUUUUGAGAAGCUUUCCGUAAUAGGUUUACAUCCUAACGUGAUAACAUACACUACAAUGAUUAAUGGAUUUUGCCGAGAAGGAUUGUUAGAUGAAGCUAAAGAUAUGCUAAGAAAAAUGGAGCACAAUGGUUGUUUGCCAAACAACGCAAUUUAUAAUAUAAUUAUGCACGGAUUUCUCCAAAGCAACAAAAUUAGUGAAACGAAGGCAUUUUUAAUGAAAAUGACGGGGAAGAGCUUGUCAUUUGAUGCAACUACAAUAGAGUUAUUAAUAGACAUUAUAGCGGACGAUCCUUCUUUGCUUGACAUGAUACCCGUGUUUCACUUGGAAAAUAAGAAGUGAAUUGUUUUUCACUUGGUUUAUUCGGCUAUGCUAUCAUGUUAUGCAAUUUCCUUUCACCUUUGCAAAAGAAAUCACAUCCAAUGGAAUAGCGGAAACUGAGAAAAUGACAAUUAGAACAUUGGUUGAGCUCUCCAGGCAAGCUCAUUGAGGGAGGUUCCAGGUGAAAAAGAAGAAAGCCUGUGGUAAUUUCAUGAGCAUCAUGCUUUCUGAGUGCAAGAUCAAGUGGCAUUUGCAAGCUCUAUCUUCACCCUUCAGUGGUGCUAUACCUGUUACACGAGGGAGAGUAACGAACUAAUUGUAGAUCCAUCCAAGACAAUCCCAUGCUAGAUCCCACAUUUGAGACGAGAUUGGGUAUUUUCUAUUCACAUAUCUCCGGUUCGGGUAUCGUGCUGGAACUUUUGACUUUCGUGCUUUUAAAACCUGGUAUACACAUGCUAUUAGCACCUGGUUAACAUGUGGUCUGUAUCAUCACAUUUCAUUACUGAAGUCUCUCUGUCAAGGUGUGAGUUUACUUGUUAAGACAUGAUCAUUCCGACUUCUGUAAAUAUGAUUCUCCAAUUUAUUACUUCACAGAUGUCUCAUGAUGCUUAUUUCACUCAGAAGAAUCUCCAGAAUAGGCGUGUAUCUUAGUGCAACAAGUAACACAUGUGGAAUAGGUAAAGGGGAAAAUGAUACAUUUGUUUGAGUUGGAUUGAUGCGUAAAUCUCCAAAGGACAUGUUCUGCUUCUAGGAGGGCUGCAAGUGCACAAAGAGCUAGGGAUUUGGAAGACUAUAGCCACCUUACAUUUGAUCAGUUUGUGGAAUGAAAGAAACCAAAUAUGUGAAGGAAAGUCUACGGUUGUACAAUUUUUGAAGUUCGAAGUGUUAACCUAGCCUCUGGUGUAUAUUAAAAUUUUAUGUACAUGAUCAGCGUUGAGUCAAGAGUCUUUCGGAAACAGCCUCCCUACUCUCUGGAUUAGGGGUAAGGUACACUCUACCCUCCCCAUACCCCACUCGUGGGAAUUCACUGGAUGGUUGUUGUUGAUGAUGUACAUGAUUAGCAUGUAUGGUAGAAUUCAUUCAUUAUAUGUAAGGACAAUGCGAAGUGUGGGGUCCUCUUUUUUUUGUUUUUCGUUAGAAACAGUAUUAGCUAGCUUAACAUGGAAAUAAGUGGUUUUAUCACUUAUUUUGUUUGGUUGGUGAAUGAAAAAAAAAUUCCGGAAAAUAUUUUCUAGUA